GGCGUUGCCUUGGCCGCGCCUCCGCCACCCGCUCGGAGCCAGAUGCCGCCCCCUUCGCCGGUCCCUCCUCCGGCGGCCUGGCGCCUCCCUCCCUCCCCGCCGCGGUGACUCACGGAGCGGGAGGCGGAGGCUGAAGCGGCCGCUCCCGCUGCUGCUGCUUCUGCUGCUGCUGCUCCUGUUCCUGCUGCUGCUGCUGCCGUUGCUGCUGCCGCCGCCGCCGCCGUCGCGGCUGCUCAGGCUGAGGGCGCCCCGGAACAGGCCGCCGCGUGCUGCGCACGGACCCGCAGCCCCCGCCGGCCAGGCCGGGUCGGGCGGCCCAGGGCCGCACCUUCCUAUUUCUCCCCUGCCACAGCCUGCUCGUCCCAGUUGAGUACCUGUUUGCCUGAAGUUAAUUUCCAGAAGCAGGAGUCCCCAGAGCUGGCCAGGGGAUGAACCGCGAGGGGGCCCCCGGGAAGAGUCCGGAGGAGAUGUACAUCCAGCAGAAGGUCCGCGUGCUGCUCAUGCUGAGAAAGAUGGGGUCAAACCUAACGGCCAGCGAGGAGGAAUUCCUGCGCACCUACGCGGGGGUGGUCAGCAGCCAGCUGAGCCAGCUGCCACAGCACUCCAUCGACCAGGGUGCAGAGGAUGUGGUGAUGGCGUUUUCCAGAUCGGAGACGGAGGACCGGAGGCAGUAGCUGUGAACCCCUUGGAACACCCUGGAAGCUGGCAGAGGCCAAGAGAUCUGUGUGGACCUUGGCCGGCUGAGAGGCAGCAGGUCACCUUCCCCACCCCCGCCCCACUCUACCCCACCCCACCCAUGGCCACUCAGCGGGGCUGGCAUCGAGGGAGACACCAGUGGCGAAGUUAUGAUUGGCUUAAAGGGAUGGACUCAUGAUUGGCUGCAGGAAGAAACCUUUUUAUUUUUAAAUCUUGACCAAUGGAAACCUUUUAUUUUUAUUUCUGACUUAUUUUUUUUUAAAUUUGCAACUCGGGUAUAUGGCUUCCCAGGGAGCUCUCCGAGCUCUGGUGCUUUAUUUAGGUCACUUUUUAGGAAUGUGAAGAGGUCCGAUUGGCUGCUUAAACUGGAAAUGAAUUUUGAUUGGCUGACUAAUGGGAAACUUUUUUUUUUUUUCUUUGAUUGGCUGCAGGUGUUCUGCUGGGAGCAACAGCUUCUCUCUUUUGAAUGCUGAAAACAGGGUUUGGGACAUUGGUUGUUAUAUUUGACUUGAAAAAAAAAAGAAAGAAACCAAGUGCGCUUUGCAAUAUUUAUUACACAAAGAGCUUGCUGCUGUUUUCACGUGCUUUGUUUGUGUUUGCAUUUGAUUGGCUUUCGAUCCAUGUGUUUGGUUUCCCAUUUGCUCACCCCUGACACGCGUUGCCAUGGCCUCACCCCCACUCUGCUGUGCAGUCCCUCUGCAGCCCGGGGUCCACCUGGAAAAUGCAUUUGCUGUAAUGACCACACCUGGCUCCACCAGCAAAGGGACCUCAAGGACCCCAAGCAGGGUCCACAGCUGGAAAACGCAGUUCCCAAGGAGGUUUGUAUUGUCCUGAAGGAGCAGCCCAGAGCUUAGCCGUGACCAUUAGCCAGGAUUUAUGUGCCUCACUUCCAGGAAUUGGCAGCCAGCCAGCUUUCCUAGGUGAGAAUGGAAUUGCUCGACCGUGUCCGAGCCUCUCCGGCCUGCCUGUGCUGAGCAGAGGCGCUGCCCUGGGCGGCUCUGCCUUUUGCCAUUCCCUCCGUACCCCACUUCCUGAGGCCUCAUCUGGGGGCUCCUCCUGUAAAGGGCAGGAGCUGCUCCCAUUUGUGAGCGCCCACAGCGUAACCCAGGCCUUUGCCCUGGAGUUCAGAACCCACACAAUGGCCCCAGCUUGGAUCGCAAAGCCCAGGAGUUCUUUGGCUCCAAACACCCACCCCUGACCUCCGGCCAGGCUCCCGAGGUGUCUGCUGCAGGGACAGUAGGUCCUGGCCAGCUGGAGUUCCCUCACCCGAGGCCUGCCCCUCCCUCCGGGCCUUCUGAAGGGUCUCUCAAUGUCAGCCUGGAAGGGACAGUGGCAUUGUUUAUUUAUGAAGUGCUUCUCUGGGCAAGGCCCACCAGGCUGGUCCUCAACCCUGACCCCAGAAACACACUGCAGAACAGCGGUCUUUGAAUGGCUGUGGGUACCCCAAGUCUUCCCACCUGCCCUCCCCCGUCCCCUGGAGGCGGCCUGCCCUCUCCCUGCACCUCUCACAGGAGUGGAAUUUGGGUGGGGAUGGAGAAAGAAGCAGGCCUCUGGGAUGGGGACGGGGACGGGAAGCCACCACCCUCCCCCUGAGGUGGAAGACUGAGGCCCCCUUCUUGCCUGUUUACCCAGAGCCAGGAGAACUCUCAGAGCCAAAUUUCCCCCUUCUCAGGGCCUGGGGCUGUCGUGGAGCACAGGAGCUAAAUGCCAGCGUGUCCUAGGCCUGAGCCCUGGCGAGCCCUACGGUUGGUGGGUGCUUCACGGUGCUGAGCCUUGCCCCAGGAGGACUCGCGUGUCGUGGCCUGGACACCGUGUCCUCCACACACGGGGCCUGGCCCUGGUCAGUUGACCGUUAACUGUAAAGGGUGUUGAUCCCCAGGAGAUGGGGACUGUGGGGACCCCAGCAGGGGCCCAAGAGCAUCUUCCUUCUGGGAGGCAGUGCGUGUGUGCACGUGCAUGUGUGAGCGCACACACACAUACACACUCACAUGCACACACUCAGCUCAGUGGCCUGCAGCUCCAGCUGAGCCCCUGGGGAAAGGUGAGUUUUUUCAGCCCUUCUCUCCGCCAGGUCAUAAUACCUGUUAUCAGGUGUGGAUGCCAGGGUUGCUGGCUGCCCCCUCUUUGUACCUGUAGCUUUUAUACAGGGUCUGUGUCAUGGCCCAUGGUGUGUUUUCUGCCCCAGCCUGUCCUGGUCAAGGUCAUGGGCCUUCCUCUUGUAACAGUGACAGCCCUGAUCUGUCUCAUCUUCUGAAGAAAAGUGAAAGUGUUGCUGCGGCUUCUUAUUUCAACUAAAAAUAUAUAUGUUGGAGAGAAAAAUGACAAUAAAGAUUUUUAAUAGCUUGG